AUGUGGACUCCCUUGGCCCUGUGCCUCACGGGCACGACUGUGCUGGUGUCGGCAACCACCGUCCGAACCACCACUCCGGUGAUGGGAUGGGACAGCUACAACUACUACAGCUGCUCCCCCACCCAAGAGAUCAUCCAGGAUAACGCGGCAGCCCUGGUCAGCCUGGGCCUGGACGCCCUCGGCUACACCUAUGUCACGACCGACUGCGGCUGGACGGCCGACUAUCGUGACCCUUCGACUGGCGAGCUGGUAUGGAACCCUGACACGUUCCCUUCGGGCGGGGCAGCACUGGGCGAGUAUAUUCACAACCUGAGUCUGCACUUUGGUGUGUACUCUGGGGCUGGGUAUUAUCAGUGUGGCUCGACGGACCAGCCUGCUUCAUUGGGACACGAGACACUCGACGCAGACUCCUUUGCAGCAUGGGGCGCGGAUUCGUUAAAAUAUGACAACUGCUACGCAAACUCGACCACCACAGAGGCAGACUACACAGGCACUGUCUCUGGUUCUCCCACUCGUUUCGACGUCAUGGCCAGCGCACUCGCCACGACUUCACGAGACACUGUGUACCAGGUAUGCCAAUGGGGUGUGGGAGAAGACAUUGGAGUUUGGGCCCCUGAGAUUGCCAACUCGUGGCGCAUCUCCAACGACAUCUACGACGCCUGGCGCAGCAUCUGGCGCAUCACCAACCAGGUGGUGCCCUACUACAAGCACACCGGCGUAGGGGCCUACGCCGACAUGGACAUGCUCGUCGUAGGCCUCAACGCCCUGUCCAACGAGGAGGAGAAGUUCCACUUCGGCAUGUGGGCCAUCAACAAGUCCCCGCUGAUCAUCGGGUCCGCCCUCGCCGACUCGCUCACGCCCGCGUCCUCGCUCGAGGUCCUGUCCAACACGGCCGUCAUCGCCCUCAACCAGGACAGCCUCGGCCGGCAGGCCCAGCUCGUGCGCCGCUACACCACCGCCCAGUACGACAUCUGGCAGGGCGCGCUCUCGGGCGGGCGCCAGGUCGUCGCCCUGGCCAACUGGUACAACGGCAGCCAGACCGUCACGCUCAGCCUCCCUGCCGACCUAGGCAUCGCGUCCGCCGCGGCCGAGGACGUGUGGGCCGGCGAGAGCCUGGGCACGCUGAGCGCGUCCUCCUCGUACACCACCACGCUCGCCGGCCACGAGCUGCGCCUGCUCGUGCUCUCCAACAUUGUCAACGCCACGUCGGGCGUGCAGACGGCCGUGGGGUACUACACGGCCGCCGAGGACGCCACGCUGGCGGGGGAGGCCGUGGUUGUCGACUGUCCGGCGGGCACGUGUCUGCCGGCGGGCAACAAGGUCGGCGACAUUGGCGAGGGCGAGUCUGCCGCGUCGGUCACCUUCUCGGGCGUCGAGGCCGUCACGUCUGGCACCAAGCUGCUGGGCAUUGAUUACUGCAACUACGACGUGGCGCUGGAGACGGCCUGGGACUGGGGCGACAACACGCGCAACAUGACCAUCGCCGUGAACCAGGCCGCCGGGGACGGCACGCGCUUUGCGUUCCCCAUCAGCGGAGGCGACUGGUACGAUGCUGGACGGCUGUAUGUCUAUGUGGAAGGGUUUGUUGCCGGGACUGGAAACGAGGUCAUCUUCACGUCGUAUGGGACCGAGGCCACUUGGGCUCCUGAUCUGGUGGGCUUCGAGGUCUAUGAGGUGGAGUGA